AUGUGCAGCAAGCCGUUUGAGUGCCUGCACCAAGGUUGGAAGGAGCCUCGCCGACGUCAAUCCGACUUGAGUGUGAAAAGCCUCUCGACAUACUGCCCAGAGGACACGCCAUGUGUAGCAGUGAGCGCAGUGGACGCAGGGGAGGAUCGAGGCUUGGGUUAUGAUGAUCUUUUUGCCGAGAACAGGCUUCUUCGUGCUGAGAAUGCCCGACUUCGCUCAGAGCUGGAGAAGUGCCCAUGA